GAAUUGUCCGAUCAGUACAGCGGGUACUCUUGCUAUCGGUAGAAUAAUCGAUCGAUCAACCCGGUCCACGUUCUUGGACUAGAUUGACACCACUCGGAGUGCACAUCCGAGAAGUGCUGCAACUUCUUGAAAAUAUCUCUUAGACUGCUCCUCUGUCUCUUUUCUCACCCAAAGCUGAUAAUGCUAGUCUCAGUGCAAGUGUUGGGCAUGCAGGAGGGCUCUAUUAAUGAUUCUGUUCUUAUGCACAAGUAUCCACAUAAUCAAAAACGAUUUGUCCUGGACGCUCAAGUCAUGACUUGACUUCUUUGACUGCUAUCCGUUGAUACUUGUCAUGACUUUCGCUCUCUCCUUACCGCAGGCAGUAGCUGCUUCUCUCGUCCUCUGGGUGUUAUGGCGUUUACUUCGUCCCCUUGUUGUGAAAUCGCCUCUAUCACUCAUUCCUGGACCACCAAGCUCGUCUUGGUGGAAGGGCAACUUUCACAGGGUAUACGAUCGCGAGGGAUGGGAAUAUCACGACAUGCUACUGAAGGAUUACGGAGGAGUCGCUCGACUUAACAUGCUGCUCGGAGACGAGCAACUUUACGUUGCCGACCCCCUUGCUCUCCACUAUAUUUUAGUGAAAGAACAAGCUACAUAUUCGGAACCUGACAUGUUCAUUUCAUCCAUAAAUAACACUUUUGGGCCUAAUCUUAUAUCAGUCCAAGGGGAGCAACAUAAGAAGCAGAGAAAGAUGCUCAACCCCGCUUUCUCUACCAAAUAUUUACGCGAACUCGUUCCGUUAUUCCAUCGUAUCGCUUACCAGUUUCGUGACGUCCUUGCAAAGCAAGUCCAUAAUGGCGAGAAGGAAGUUAAUAUAGUAGAGUCGGUUUCGCGUGCUUCACUCGAGUGCAUCGGACAAGGUGGGGUAGGACACUCGUUUAAUGCCCUCAACGAGACGUCGACGAGCGAAUACAAGGAGGCGAUCAAAACAUUUGGCCCGAUACAUUAUCAGCUCUUCCUGCCUCGUAUGAUUCUCCCUUGGCUAGAGAACAUUGGAUCGCCUCAAUUCCGUAGAAAAGUCGUCGAACUCAUACCGUCUAAACUCGUGCAAACAAUGGUAAACAUUGUAGAUGUCAUGGAUAAUACUUCUCAAGAAAUCUUCCAGCAAAAGAGGCUUGGUUUCGAGCAAGGUGACAAGGCUAUCAUGGAACAAGUGGGCGAGGGAAAGGACAUGAUGAGUGUCCUAAUGAGGGCGAAUAUGGCUGCUGAAGAGGCUGAUCGUCUUCCCGAGGCCGAGAUCAUUUGUCAAAUGAACGUGUUUCUCUUUGCCGGGCACGACACGACAACACUAGCUAUCAGCCGCAUCCUAGAUAAGCUCGCAUCACACCAAGACGUACAAGAUAAACUUCGUGAAGAAGUCACAACCGCACGAAAAGAACAUGGAGACCUCGACUACGAAACGCUCAUGUCCCUUCCAUACCUUGACGCCAUCGUUCGCGAGACACUCCGUCUCUACCCUCCCGUUCCGCAACUGAUGCGCGUAGCACGCAAGGAGACAGUAUUACCAUUCCUCUGGCCCGUCCAGUCUGUGGAUGGUAAAUCCGAGAUCAAAGAAAUCGUCAUUCCGAAGAACACAGGGUUCAUGUUGUCGAUUAUUGGUAUUAAUCGGAGUAAGAGGAUUUGGGGAGAGGACGCGGAGGAGUGGAAGCCUGAGCGAUGGUUGAGGCCUUUGCCGAAAAGUGUUUCGGACGCGCAUAUACCGGGUGUGUUCGCUUCGACGCUUACGUUCUCUGGUGGAGCGCGAUCUUGCAUAGGAUACAAAUUCGCAGAGAUGGAAAUCAAGCUCAUACUCUCAGUCCUGCUCGAGUCACUCAAAUUCACCCCGGGAUCGAAGGAGGUCUUCUGGGCAAUGAGCUUCUUAACGUCCCCUGUACCUAAAGGGUCGAAGGACCUCGAACCAGACCUUCCGAUGAAGGUUUCAUUGGUUGAGCACUAG